AUGAUCUUUGUUUUCUCCCCACCUCUCCGAGCAGGAAUACAAGUUUAUCAUCCAGCAGGGACGGGACGCUCUCCUCUGCCGCUCCUCUUCCCCAUCUGUCGGCUUGCACUCGACUAUUUCUCCUGUAUGGUGGAUAUCCUGCUCAACACUUCUUUCUUGGAUGAUAUGGGGGAUCAUUCCAAAAAGAAGUCGGCAAUCGCAAUGUGUGUGGGCUGUGGAAGUCAGAUACACGACCAGUACAUCCUGAGAGUCUCCCCGGACCUGGAGUGGCAUGCAGCCUGCCUCAAGUGUGCAGAGUGCAGCCAGUAUCUGGACGAGACCUGCACUUGCUUCGUCCGGGACGGAAAGACUUACUGUAAAAGAGAUUACGCAAGGUUAUUUGGCAUCAAAUGCGCAAAGUGUAACAUGGGCUUCUGCAGCAGCGACCUGGUGAUGAGAGCCCGGGACAACGUCUAUCACAUGGAGUGUUUUCGCUGCUCGGUGUGCAGCCGGCACCUCCUGCCGGGGGACGAGUUCUCCCUGCAGGACGACGAGCUGCUGUGCCGGGCGGACCACGGCUUGCUGGUGGAGAGGGCCUCAGCCGGGAGCCCGCUCAGCCCGGGCAGCAUCCACACCAGACCGCUGCACAUCUCAGAUCCAGUUUCGGUCCGGCACCCUCCUCAUCACCGCAACCACGUCCACAAGCAGUCCGAGAAGACCACCCGAGUCCGGACGGUGCUGAACGAGAAGCAGCUCCACACCCUGCGGACCUGCUACAACGCCAACCCGAGGCCGGACGCCCUGAUGAAGGAGCAGCUGGUGGAGAUGACCGGCCUGAGCCCCAGAGUGAUCCGCGUCUGGUUCCAGAACAAGCGCUGCAAAGACAAGAAGAAGUCCAUCCUGAUGAAGCAGCUCCAGCAGCAGCAACACAGCGACAAAACGAAUCUGCAGGGCCUCACAGGAACACCUCUGGUGGCAGGCAGUCCCAUCCGGCACGACAACACCGUGCAGGGGAAUCCUGUGGAGGUGCAAACCUACCAGCCUCCGUGGAAAACCCUCAGCGACUUCGCCCUGCAGACCGACCUGGACCAGCCUGCCUUCCAGCAACUGGUGUCUUUCUCUGAAUCGGGCUCUUUGGGAAACUCCUCGGGUAGUGAUGUGACCUCUCUGUCCUCGCAGUUACCGGACACACCGAACAGUAUGGUGCCGAGUCCCGUCGACACGUGAGGAGGCAUCGGGGUCAGCUGGAGGCCCCCCCCACCACCUCCCCCUCGGAGCUCUCAGCCACACAGGAAUGCGCAAAAAUACGCGCAAAAGAGCCCAGCGACA